AUGUGUACAGAACACCAACACUGCUCACGAGUCCCCGAGUCCCCAGAGUCCAUGACAGGGAUGAUUGAUGAAGUUCAGAUGAUUCGUUAUGACAGCAACACCAGCAGAGCUGAACCCAAACAGCAGUGGAUGAACGAUGCAGCAGAUACACAGUACUGGGAGAGGAACACUGCGUUUUCCUCCAUUAAUAAUUUAAAGCAGCGCUUCAACCAAACUGGAGGUUUUCACGUUGUCCAGUGGAUGUACGGCUGUGAAUGGGAUGAAGAAACAGAUAAAGUGAAUGGAUAUCAGCAGUUUGGUUAUGAUGGAGAGGAUUUCAUAAUCUUUGACCUGAAGGAACAGACGUGGGUCACUGCAAAACAACAGGCUGUCAUCACCAAACAGAAGUGGGAUCAUGACUGGGCUCUGACUACUCAGAAAAAGAACUACCUCACCCAGAUUUGUCCUGAGGGGUUGAAGAAGUAUGUGAACUAUGGGAGGAGCUCUCUGAUGAAAACAGAUGUCCCCAAAGUGUCUCUCCUCCAGAAGUCUUCCUCCUCUCCAGUCACCUGCCACGCUACAGGUUUCUAUCCUAACAGAGCCGAGAUGUUCUGGAGAAAAGAUGGAGUGGAGUUUCAUGAGGGUGUGAACAAAGGAGAGAUUCUCACCAACAAUGACGGGACCUUCCAGAUGAGUGUUGACCUGGAUGUCUCAUCAGUCACACCUGAAGACUGGGACAGAUACAGAUGUGUGUUUCAGCUCUCUGGUGUGAACGAGGACAUCGUCACCAGACUGGACAAAUCAGAGAUCAGGACCAAUGAAGGAAAUAAUCUCACCAUCAUCAUCGCCAUUUUUGCUGUGGUUCUUGUCCUCGGCGCUGUGACUGGAUUCAUUGUCUACAAAAAGAAAACAAGCAAAUGCUUCUUACAGCCUCCUAUGAAGGAUCCUGCGGUUACGGCGCCACUGAAUCCUGCUCCAACAGUCUAAAUGACAAACAACCUUCCACACAGUUUAUGGAGAUAUAUUGCAUUCGGGCCAACACUCCCUUCUCCACUUCAGCAGCAAGCAGGCACACCGAGGGCUCUCGCGCUCACUUUUCACGUUUCGAAAAAACCUCAGUGCAAAUUAUAAGUCUGUAUCAUGAUGUCCGGUGUUUUCAUGUUUGUUAAAUAAAUGGUAAAUGGCCUGUAUUUGUAUAGCACUUU